GCCGAGGCCGGCUCCAUGUCGCGGCGGGCCCUGCGGAGGCUGCGCGGGGAGCAGCGGGGCCAGGAGCCCCUGGAGCCGGGGGGGCUGCGGCUGGGCCCCGAGGGGGCGGGGGAGGAGCCGAGCCGCGGCAGGAGGGGGCCGGAGCGGGGCGGGGUCAGCAACCUGUACGAGCUGAUAACCAAUGAAGAAUUGGAGGAUGAUCCAGGAUCCAAAGAGGAGAGGGCAGAGUCCAGACUGAACGAGCAAGAUGGCACAGGGAACAAUGAAGAAGCUGAAACUGGAGAGCCGGAGAGCGAUGGGCAGAGAGCUGGAGAAGAGACUCAACAGGACCAGACAGUGACCAAACUGCAGCCUGUAUCAACUAACAAGCCACGGAAGAAAAAAAAGAAACGGAAGAACAAGAGAACUGCAGCUGGUGAGACUCCGGAAGACGAUGACCUGGAAGACAUUGACAGCAUUCUGGAGAAAAUGGAGGAUUCCAGUGGGCUGUCGUAUGACACCAAGAGUGGUGUAAUCGCAGACAGUCGGCCUCUGCUCUACGUAGAGCACAGAAACUUGAAUCCAGAGACUGAGCUGAAGAGGUACUUUGGGGCUCGGGCCGUUCUUGGCGAUCAGAGGCCACGGCAGAGGCAGCGUCAGUACGUUCGCAGCACGUGGCUGACUGCUCCCAAGGACACCUGGCCACGCUACAGCAAAACAGGCAUUGCCAUGAGGCUGCUGGAGACAAGAAGAGGAGUCCAGCACUUCACGUUUGAGCACCAUCGAGAGUACCAGCAAGUGCAGUUCAAGUUCCUGGAUGCAGUGGAGUCUCUGGACCCAAACAAUAUCGUGCUUUUGCUCCAGAUGAACCCGUACCAUGUGGACUCGCUGCUGCAGCUAAGUGAGGUGUGUCGAAUGCAGGAGGAUCAGGAGAUGGCCCGAGAUCUUGUAGAGCGAGCGCUGUACAGUCUGGAGUGUGCGUUUCACCCUGUGUUCAGUCUCACCAGUGGAACCUGCAGGCUUGAUUACCGGAGACCUGAGAACAGAGCUUUCUACCUGUCUCUCUUCAAACACAUGAUCUUCCUGGAGAAGAGAGGCUGUCCCCGUACAGCCCUGGAGUUCUGCAAACUUAUCCUGAGCCUUGAUCCGGAGAAUGACCCACUGUGUGUGCUGCUGCUUAUUGAUUUGCUGUCGCUCCGAGCUAGAGAAUACGCCUUCCUGACACGCAUGUUCCAAGAGUGGGAGGGUCACCGAAACUUGUCCCAGCUCCCAAACUUUGCCUUCUCGGUUCCGCUGGCGUAUUUCCUUCUGAGCCAGCAGGAAGAGCUCUCGGAAGUGGAGCUAAGCCAGGCACGGGAGAGAGCUGCCCACCUUCUCCAGCAUGCGCUGAUCAUGUUCCCGAGCGUUCUUAUGCCGUUGCUGGAUCGCUGUAGCGUGCAGCCAGACUCCAGGGUUGCUUCACAUUCUGUUUUUGGACUCCAAGCUCAGAUAAGCCAGCCUCCUGCCUUGAACCAGCUGGUCUCCCUGUACGUAGGAAGGACUCACGCCCUGUGGAAGGACCCUGCCAUCAUGGCCUGGCUGGAAACCAGUGUUCAUGAAGUAUUACGGAGGGUGGACACGAGUGAUCCAGUGGUGGAGGAGUUUGCGCAGAAGCGCAAGGUGCGGUACCAGAGCGCCCCCAGAAACAUCUCUCGCCAUGUGAUUCUCUCGGAGCUGAAAGAAGCCACGGCAGCACUGCCCCUGGAAGUGACAUCCCAGCCCGUAAUGGGGUUUGACCCCCUGCCUCCCUUGGACUCCAUCACUUCCUAUACAAGACCAGAAAGGACAAAUCAUCCAUCCAACGAAAGCACUUUAUCUCUCUUUUUUCGAUCAUUGUUGCCAAAUUUUACCUUACAGGGGGAGGUCAGACAAGAUGGAGAUGAAGAGGCUGGAGCUGGCCAGGAUCUAAACCAGGGUGUGAACAGGCUAAUGGCAGCCAUGCGGGACAUGCUGGCGAAUAUCCAGUUCCAGGAGCCUCCGCGAGACGAAAAUCCCGACGGAGAUGCGGACUGGGAUUGAAACCAGACCAAGCCCUUUACCCACACAGUGCUAUGUAAUUAUGUUCCUGAUUUGUGGUGCAAUGUAAUAAAGUCACACAGAGCAGA